CACACGCUAUCAGAGAGCCGAUAGUCGAAUACGUAAUUAAACAAACAUGGUGCACGCGCGGAAGUGUUUGUUGCUCGUACUCGGGCUCAUCGGUGUAAGUCUGGCACAAGAAGAGUCGAGCUUCAUCGAACGAGGUUACCGAGCUGCAUUUCGACUUUACGAGGAUUGCCAACAGCGCAAUGUCGGUGUGUCGGCGUGUCUCAAGAAAAAAGCCAUCACGUUUUUCGAUCGUCUGGGACGCAUUGACAAUUUACCAAUAGCCGAUAAUCUCGAAUUGGUAAAGGCUCCGGGUGCCGAAGUCGAGCCAGUCAAGAAUAUCUCGGAAAUCGAAGCGAGUCUCGGACGUGGUGCAUCGCGCGAAGAUGCUUUGAACGACAUUCUGCUGGAUCGAGUGUCGUCGCUGAUGAACGGCUUCAACGUACAGAUUCGCCUGCCGAAAACUUCACCGACCGAGUUGAAAAGGUCGAUGGAAGAAGGACGCGGCAAGAUGAAGAAAAUGAUGGGAAUGAUGAUGAUGGGACUGGGUAUGAAGAUGGCUGCGAUGGUACCUUUGAUGAUGAUGGUACUGUUCCUGCUUGCUGGCAAGGCGCUGAUCAUCAGUAAGAUCGCACUGGUCUUGUCGAUGAUCAUCGGUUUGAAGAAACUGCUCUCACAAAAGAACAACGACAGCGGCGGCCAUGGAUGGCAAUCCGGUGGUGGCGGUGGCGGCGGCGGUGGCUGGGACCGAAGCCUCAAGGACAUCGAGUACGCACAAAAUCUCGCUUAUGCACAUCAGCAUAAGUAG